AUGACAGCAACUGUCAGUUGGAAGACUGGCAGCAUUGCAACAACAACUGUUAUGGAAGGAUCAUUAUGUCUAAGCCUGAUUUUAUUAGUACUGACAGCAACUAUGGUUUUAACUCUGAUGUCGAUCUAUCAACCACGUUUUAAUAGUCAAACGAAUGGUGAAGAAUAUGCCAUCGAUUCAUUGAUGCUUAAAUCUUUAUAUACGGAUUCCUCUAGUACAUUUCUUAAUGGAGAAAUGGUCGAUAUUUCUAUGUUGCCUACUCUUUGCAGCACGGUAUUUCAAAAUGAACGACAAAACACUGCUGUUAGGCGUAUACUAGAGAAUUUUUGUGGAUCUGGUUCAUACUAUGAUAGUGUCAAUGCAAGACGUCGGCGAAGCCUAUUUGGAUUACUUGAAUUAUAUAUGAUUGUUCAAAAAACAAAAAAAGAGUUAGCUCAAGAAAUACAAUCUUACUGUAUUAGAAUGCGACCAGAGAACGAUCUUAUCGUUCCUUAUAUAUCCUAUAUUACAUUGGGUAUGGUGACAUUUAUUAUUAUUUUAAUGGUUGUAUUUAAAGUUGUUGCCAGAGACAACCAAUUCUUAUCUAAUUCACAGUUAUAUAUUUAUUCUCAACCAGAUCUUAAUCAGCGUAUACAUAAUGCAAAUAAAAAACAUCAUAAAAAUAAUUUUCUCUCAUCGAAAUCAAAUAAACCAUUAAACAGUGUUCCAGAAUCGAAUUAA